AUGGCUGAACGUCGCAGUCGUCCUCCGCGAGCAAACGCUCCCUUUUUCAUGGCUGGUCUGUAUUCUACACCUCCUCAGAUAUGCCCAUUCACUGCCGCUAUCAUCGCUAACACUUUACCAGGAGGGGAUGGUGACUUUUAUGGCAACCACAACGACGAAGAUUCAGACGGCGAGCUCUUCCCCUCCCAGUCCUCGCAUUCGAAUCCCUUGGUGGCCCAGUCUGGUGAACACCAGCAGAUCCCACAAUCUGCACAGUAUGCUUCAAGCUCUGCAGACGCCUAUCGCAGUGUUCCAACAAACGAUCCGCGCCAUUCGACCGACCUCACGCCGCCCUCGCCCGGUAUUCCUCAGUCUGCUCGUCCAUUGCUGCCGCCAGGCGCUGCACGCUCCUUGGAUGGUCACGGCUACUCCUCUUCUUCUCGUCCACAAUCCUACAGACUCUCCUUUCAAGGACCUCCCGCUCCCCUCACAGGCGGAAGCAUGGGUGGACGUGCAUUCCCCCCCUCUGCCUUCAUCGACCCAGCGGCCGGAAUGACCAUUGGUCCAAAUGGACAACCUGUACCAGACUCGGCAGCCUCGAGCUAUACGAGCCAUACCAUGCGUCGAGCCGUUUCGACCGACGACUUGGGCAACCGUGUAUCGUCCUUUGGCCCCGCCCAACGAAACUCGAGCAUCACAUCUUUUGCUCCACCUCCAGCUCCUUGGCUCCGCACCGAAUCCUGGCACAAUUCGCAAGUCUCCAUCUCGACGGGUGCACGCGGUGGCGUGCUCACUCCGCGUAAGAGGAGCGCUCUCCCUAGUACGCUCAUCAAGGAACCGGUCGAAAAACCCUGGUUGGAAAAGCGAGAUCCCUGGGAACGCGCCAGUUGGUGGAUUACGUUUGCCUUGUUCGUCCUCGGUGUCCUCGCCGCUGCCGUCCUUUGCUUCUUUGGGUAUCGAGACAUUCCUCACCUCGGCAAGAUUUGCAUGGUCAUGAACGACAACUUUGAUGGGCUCGACUUGAGCAACACUUGGACGCGACAGGUCGAACUGGGUGGCUUGCGAAAUGGCGACUUUGCCAUGUUUACCAACGACGAUAAGAAUAGCUAUGCCUCUGACGGCAAGCUCUUUAUUGUCCCAACACUCACAGAAGAAGAGAUUGGCGAUCAAGUGUACUCUGGUGGUACCUAUCGUCUCUCUGGCUGCACUUCGAACAAUGCUUCAGCAUGCAAUGCCCGUUCUGGAAACGGCAGAGUUAUUCCUCCCGUUCAGUCUGCUCGUCUUACCACCAGAAACACUUAUAAUAUCCAAUUUGGCCGUGUCGAGAUCCGUGCUCGACUUCCCAGAGGCGAUUGGCUCAAGCCCCAAAUUCAAAUGCUUCCCCAAGAUGAUGCCUAUGGCAUUUACCCGGUUAGCGGCGAGAUUGACAUCAUGCAAGCGCGAGGCAAUAAUCCCGAUUAUCCAAAACAGUGA